AUGGCGACCAACCCCCCGGCUGAGGCUCCGCCGGCCCAGGGCGAUGCUGCUGCGGCGGCCGCCCCGAAAGUGAAGUCCGACAAGGAGGCCGAGCGCGACCGCAAAAAGGCCGAGAAGCUCGCCAAGUUCCAGCAGAAGCAGGCGGCCCAGAAGGCUGCCGCUGCUGCAAGUACGGCCAGCGCCGGCCCUGCUGCCGCCGCGGCCGCCGGCGAGAAGAAGACCAAGGCCAAGGCGCCCAAGGCGGCGGCUGCCGAGGAGACCCUUGCGCCCUACACCAACGACACGCCCGCGGGCGAGAAGAAGCGUCUGCGCAGCUUCGACGACCCCUACUACAAGUCGUACAACCCCGUGGCCGUCGAGAGCGCCUGGUACGAGUACUGGGAGAAGGCGGGCUUCUUCGAGCCCCAGUUUGGCGCCGACGGCCAGGAGAGCGCCAACGGCCGCUUCGUCAUCUCCCACCCGCCGCCCAACGUCACCGGCUCGCUGCACAUGGGCCACGCCCUCGGCGACUCGCUGCAGGACAUCAUGAUCCGCUACUACCGCAUGAAGGGCAAGACCACCCUGUGGCUGCCCGGCUGCGACCACGCCGGCAUUGCCACGCAGAGCGUCGUCGAGACCAUGCUGUACCGCCGCGAGGGCAAGACCCGCCACGACCUCGGCCGCGACGCCUUCAUCAAGACCGUCUGGGACUGGAAGACGCAGUACCACGCCAACAUCAACAACGCCCUGCGCAAGAUGGGCGGCUCCUUUGACUGGAGCCGCGAGGCCUUCACCAUGGACGAGAACCUGAGCGCCGCCGUCCAGGAGACGUUUGUGCGCCUGCACGAGGAGGGCACCAUCUUCCGCGCCAACCGCCUCGUCAACUGGGACUCCAAGCUCAACACCGCGCUGUCCAACCUCGAGGUCAACAACAAGGAGCUGACCGGCCGCACCCUGCUCGACGUGCCCGGCUACGCCAAGAAGGUCGAGUUCGGCGUCAUUGUCUACUUCAAGUACCAGAUUGCGGGCUCCGACGAGACCAUUGAGGUCGCCACCACGCGUCUCGAGACCAUGCUCGGCGACACCGGCAUCGCCGUCCACCCCCAGGACGAGCGCUACAAGCACCUCGUCGGCAAGCGCGUCGUCCACCCCUUCAUCCCGGACCGCGUCAUGACCAUUGUGGCCGACGACUACGUCGACCGCGAGUUCGGGUCCGGCGCCGUCAAGAUCACGCCCGCGCACGACGCCAACGAUUUCGCCAUUGGCGAGCGCCACAAGCUCGAGUUCAUCAACAUCCUGACCGACGACGGCCUGAUCAACGAGAACGGCGGGCCCUACGCCGGCCAGAAGCGCUUCGACGUGCGCUACGCCGUGGCCGAGGACCUCAAGAAGCUGGGCCUGUACGUCGACAAGAAGGACAACCCCAUGGUCGUGCCCCUGUCGGAGCGCAGCAAGGACGUCGUGGAGCCGCGGCUCAAGCCGCAGUGGUGGAUGCGCAUGGGCGACAUGGCCCAGAUGGCCGUCCAGGCCCUCGACGACAAGCAGUUCCAGAUCAAGCCCGAGUCCGCCGACCGCAGCUUCCGCCACUGGAUGGCCAACAUCACCGACUGGUGCAUCUCGCGCCAGCUGUGGUGGGGCCACCAGUGCCCCGUCUACCUGGCCCACUUCGAGGGCGAGGACGAGAGCGACGCCGGCGACAACACGCGCUGGUUUGCGGCCAAGACCGAGGCGGAGGCCCUGGCCAAGGCCACCAAGGCCUUCCCCGGCAAGACCAUCCGCCUCGUGCGCGACGAGGACGUGCUCGACACCUGGUUCUCGUCCGGCCUGUGGCCCUUCUCCACGCUGGGCUGGCCCAAGGCGACGCCCGACUUUGAGAAGCUGUUCCCCACGUCCAUGCUCGAGACCGGCUGGGACAUUCUCUUCUUCUGGAUUGCCCGCAUGGUCAUGCUGAGCCUCAAGCUGACGGGCCAGGUGCCCUUUUACGAGGUGUACUGCCACCCGCUGGUGCGCGACUCCGACGGCCGCAAGAUGUCCAAGAGCCUGGGCAACGUCAUCAGCCCGCUCGACGUCAUCUCGGGCAUCAGCCUCGAGGCGCUCAACGAGUCGCUGCUCAAGGGCAACCUGGACCCGCAGGAGGUGCAAAAGGCCAUCAAGUACCAAAAGACGGCCUUCCCCGCGGGCAUUCCCGAGUGCGGCGCCGACGGCCUGCGCAUGUGCCUGGCCAACUACGUCACGGGCUCCGGCGACAUCAACUUUGACAUCAAGGUCAUGCAUGCGUACCGCCGCUUCUGCAACAAGAUCUGGAACGCCUCCAAGUUUGUGCUCGGCAACCUGGCGGCCCACAGCGCCGGCGCGGCCAGCUUCCAGCCGCGCGCGACGCGCACGCUCGGCGGCGACGAGUCGCUGGCCGAGCUGUGGAUCCUCGCCAAGAUGAACAAGGCCGCCAAGGAGAUUGGCCACGCCGUCGAGGAGCGCGAGUUCAAGAACGCGUCCAACGCCCUCUACAACUUUUGGUACGCGGAGCUCUGCGACGUCUUCAUCGAGAACUCCAAGACCAUCAUCGCCGAGGGCACGCCCGCCCAGCGCGAGUCGGCCCUGCAGACGCUCUACAGCGCGCUCGAGACGGCGCUGCUGCUGAGCCACCCCUUUUUGCCCUUUAUCACGGAGGAGCUGUGGCAGCGCCUGCCGCGCCGCCCGCAGGACGCGACGCCGUCGAUUGUCGUGGCGCCGUACCCGGAACACGACGCCCGGCUCGAGAACCCCGCCGCCGAGGCCGCCUACCAGCUCGUGCUCGACGCCUCGCGCGGCAUCCGCUCGCUCGUCGCCGAGUACCCGCUGCCCAAAGACGCCGCCGUCGACGUCUUUGUCCAGACCACCAACGACGACGCCCACGCCACCGCCACCCAGGAGGUGCCCGCCAUCCGCUCGCUGCUCGGCAAGGCCGGCGGCAGCGCCCGCAUCACCGUGCUGGCGCCCGGGGCGCCGCGCCCGGUGGGCUGCGUCGCGGUCCAGGUGUCCGGCGCGGCCUCGGUCUUCUUGCACGUCAAGGGCCACGUGGACCUGGACGCGGAGAUUAAGAAGGCGCAGACGAAGCUCAGCAAGGCGUCGGCGAACGCGGCCAAGACGCGCAGGCUGGUGGGCGAUGCGACGUACAAGGAGAAGGUGGCGGCGGCGACGCAGGAGGCCGACCAGCAGAGGCUGGCGGAGCAGGAGAGCGAGGUGCAGCAGCUGGAGCAGACCGUGCAGCAGUUUGAGGCCCUGAAGUUAGAGUAA